UGUGGCUGACCUGAGGUCCUGCUUCUCUUUAGAAACUUGUGGUGGAGAAUGUUGAAGUGCUAACACAAAUGAGGACCAGCUUUGAUAAACCGGACCAGAUGGCGGCACUCUUUAAGAGAUUAUCGUCUGUUGACAGUGUUUUAAAGAGGAUGACGAUUAUUGGUGUAAUCUUGUCUUUUCGCUCACUGGCACAGGAAGCACUUAGAGAUGUCUUAUCCUACCACAUUCCUUUCCUUGUAAGUUCAAUUGAAGAUUUUAAGGAUCACAUUCCAAGAGAGACUGACAUGAAGGUAGCAAUGAAUGUAUAUGAGCUGUCGUCAGCUGCUGGAUUGCCAUGUGAAAUUGAUCCUGCCUUGGUUGUAGCACUGUCUUCCCAAAAAUCAGAAAAUAUUAGUCCAGAAGAAGAAUAUAAAAUCGCCUGCCUUCUGAUGGUUUUUGUUGCAGUCUCCUUGCCAACUUUGGCCAGUAAUGUGAUGUCUCAAUAUAGUCCUGCCAUAGAAGGACACUGCAACAACAUACAUUGUCUGGCAAAAGCAAUCAACCAGAUUGCUGCAGCUUUGUUUACCAUCCACAAGGGAAGCAUUGAAGAUCGUCUUAAAGAAUUUUUGGCUCUUGCAUCAUCUAGUCUACUGAAAAUUGGUCAGGAAACAGACAAAACUACUACAAGGAACAGAGAAUCUGUUUAUUUACUGCUAGACAUGAUUGUGCAGGAGUCUCCAUUCCUGACAAUGGAUCUUUUGGAGUCUUGUUUUCCUUAUGUCUUGCUGAGAAAUGCAUACCAUGCUGUCUACAAGCAAAGUGUCACAUCCUCUGCAUAAAUAUCUACUUACUGGAAACAAGACCUAGCACGCAUCUAUGUUGCCUCAGUUAUACCUGUAAACUGUGGAGCUAUUUUACUUUAUGGCCUGACAGUUUUGUGGAUUAUAAACUUUCUUCCCAUAAGGUUGUAUUUCUGAUCAGUGGUUUCUUAAUAUGGUUGUACUACAAUAUAAGCUUGGUUGAUUUUUAGGUUGCACAUUCACAGAAAUUCCUUUUUUUAUUUUAGAGCAUCAGUUAUGUUUAAAAGAAACACUACUUCUGCUAUAUGUUUUUGAUAUUUGAUCAUGCAAAACAUAACUGCUUAUUUCCAAGAAGAAAAUGUAUUUAGUGAUUAUUUUAGAUAGUGUUCUAGCUUUCAUCUGUGUGUAAAUUAUUUCAUAUAGGGAGAGUUAUAAUCUGUACCUAUUGUUCUUAUUGAAAACAAAUAUUGGAUGUGCAUUUCUGUGAAGUAGUUACAACAUUUCUACUUUUAUUUUGAAGCAUUCACCAAACUAAGUAAUAUAACAGCAUCUAACACUAAAAAUGUUAUAGGACUGCUUAUCGUUAAACAGCAAUCCUCUCCCAAUAUUCUUAAACAACAGCAAGUGGUGUUGUUUGUAUAAAGCAUAGUGGACAUUUUUUUAAAACUAACUUCCAUGGUGCCCCGUUGACAUUAACAUUACCAUUGUACCCUGCUGUAAAAAUAAACAUUCUUACACAUUUAUCAGAUGUUGAUAAAAUGUUAGCCCUUAACCACUUUUUAUAUGUUUUAAAUUUUUGAAAUUCAAGUGUACCUUCCAUAACAUACAAUAAACACUACACUGUAUUAAA